AUGUCGACUAACAAUAACGUUGAAGCAAGCAGCAACAACAAUAUUAAUGCGGCAGCUCAUCAUCCUCAAUCGGAAAACACUACUAAUAUGACCAACAAUAAUAAUGCAGCAUUGGACGAAGAGUUUCAAACCACUUGCAUUUCCGUUCUGAUUGGCAGCUUGGCAUCCGGAAGUCAAGCCAAACAGCACACUUCCAAUAACACGGUUCCCUUGGUCGUUUGGACGACCCAACAACGAUGUGCGCGUAGCAACAAGGACGAUCCUCACAAGUAUACUUUGGAAUAUUUUGAGUUCUUGGACGAUGCUCGUCGUUUCACACAUUUGGACCAAUUGUUGCUCAAGCUGAAUGCUGUGUCUAACAUGGACGACGACGACGAGGAGGAAAUUACUACUGGUAAAAAUAAAAAACCGGCAUUGGAACAAGUUCAUCUUGCCAGUGUGGAUGGUUUCUCGACUGCUGCAGACGAUCCAGAUGAUGAUACAAUAACGCCAAUGAAAUCCAAAAAAGGAGGAUCCAGCAACAGCAAGUACCGUCAUCGAUUGGACCGAAUUGGUUCGGCCUUGACAAGUUUUCUAGACGAACGUUUGGAGAAACAAGCCACUUGUAAGUUGCAUGAGCAACUCCCAUCCAUUGUCAAGGAUCAUUCCAAAAUGGAAUCCACCUUGCAAUCCAUCCUCUUGGAAGAUUCGUGGCUAGGACUCAAGGGUAACACCCAACUUCAAAAGGGUUCUUUACUCCAACAGGGCCUUGCCUUGCACUUGUCCACGACUUUGAGUCAUGACAACGAUCCUUCUUCCUCGUCCUCGUCCUCCUCCUCCUUUCAAUUGAUCAAGGGCAUUUUGAAUUCUCAUCUCGUCAUGGACCAGACGGCGGCCGAAGCCAUUCAUUUGUUGCCGCCCCCCAAUGCCGGGGUGGCCUCGCAUGUGGGUGGCCACUUUUCCAACAACAGUAUCUAUGGACUACUCGCCAAGCCAUUACUCACAAGCAUGGGCAAGCACAAGUUGCAAAUUUGGCUCAAACAGCCAUUGAUUGAUUUGAAUAAAAUUCAGGCCCGCCAGGAUGCCGUUUCGUCUCUGUUGGGUUUGGGCAAGGAUUCGAUUCGGGAUGCUUUGCGGGGCAUGAGCGGAAUUGACAUGGUGCACUUGUCGACCGUCUUGGCCAAUUAUGGUGCCGAGGGACAAAACGCACUCACCACCCAAGCCUCGCUCAAGGCCAUGUACCAAUUGUGGUUGUUGGCCCGACAGCAAUUGCCCAAUUUGCUCGAAGCCACGGAAGGCUUGCAAGAGGAUUUUCAAUCGUCAAGUCUACUCCAAGAGUUACACAUUCAGUUGCAACAGCUGGCCGGAGAACUUUCGCGGGCGUCGGGUUUGGUCGAAGCCGUCUUGGAUUUGGAUGCCGCCCCACGAGAUUUCCUUGUACAAUCCCAAUUUUCCGAAGAAUUGUCUAGUUUGAAUCAAGAAAUUGAAGCCGUUCAUCAACAUGUGGAUGAUGAAUUGGAUGCCAUGCAACAAUUGUGGGCAGAUUCCUCCAACCAAACCACCAAAGUCCGCUUGGAAAAAUGUACCUUUGACAAUGUCGUCAGUUGGCAAUUUCGAUUGCCCAAUACCAACGACUUGAAACUUUUAGAGUGUUUGGGAUCCGGCCUCGAGACCCAUCGAUUACUCAAAAAUGGUGUCUACUUUUCCACCAAACCACUGAGAGCGCUGUCGGCCCAAUACCAAGAACUCAUGGAAUCCUAUUCCCAACAAUCCCAACAAAUUGUCCAAAAUGCCAUGGAAGUGGCCACGUCCUAUCAAACCGUCGUGGAACGGGCGGCCCAAGUAGUGGCCACCUUGGAUGUCCUCUGUGGUUUGGCGCAUACGGCUGCCUAUUCGGUCCAUGGAUAUUGCAAGCCUACCUUGACGGAUUCGGACGACCCUGGAUUUGGGAUUGAGCUAAAGGCCGCUCGACACCCCUGUGUGGAACUCCAGGAAGACGUCGAGUUCAUUCCGAACGACGUGACAUUAACAUUUGGAGACUCGAACUUUUGCAUCGUGACGGGGCCCAACAUGGGCGGCAAAUCGACGUACAUUCGAAGUUUGGGAGCCAUUGUGUGCAUGGCGCAAAUUGGAUCCUAUGUGCCAUGCGAUGCAGCCACCAUCAAUUUGUGUCAUUCCAUUCUGGCGCGGGUGGGAGCGGGGGAUUUACAAGAACGAGGCAUUAGUACCUUCAUGGCGGAAAUGCUCGAGGCAGGGAGUAUUCUACGAACCGCCACCAAGCGGAGUUUGAUCAUUAUUGAUGAAUUGGGACGGGGAACGAGUACUUUUGAUGGAUAUGGAUUGGCCAGGGCCAUUUCGGAGCAUGUGUUGCAGAAUAUUGGAUGCAUGGUAGUCUUUGCUACGCACUUUCACGAAUUGACGGCCAUGGAAGGGAUUCAGAAUUGUCAUGUUACGGCCCAAAAGGGACAACAGGGAUUGACCUUUUUGUAUCAAGUCCAGCCGGGUCCCUGUUUGGAGUCGUUUGGGAUCCAAGUUGCCGAAAUGGCAAAUGUUCCAGCUUGUGUCAUUGAAGAUGCCAAGCGCAAGGCAGAAGAAUUGGAACAAUUUGAUACCUCCAAGUCAAAAAAGCAAAAGUCAGCAGAAACGAAAGACGAUAAUAUUCGAUUCUGCCAAACGUUUUGUUCCAUGGAUCUCCCAUCUAUUUUGAAUGAUAACAGGUUCAGUUCCCAAGCGAAGCAAGGAAAGCUACUGGAACUUUUGGCCUAA